UUGUAAAUCUUUAAUCUCUACUGGGUAGAACAGUGCUGUGCUUCCUGAAAGGUGUAUGGUAUGGAGGUCGGCUGUUUCACUUAAAAACCUUUACGAUAUUUGAAGGACAAUGACAGAAAAUUAACAUACAGUAGCCUACAGACGGAAACACUGACAUUAGGAUCAAGGAAAGUUCUCUUGGCACCUGAAUGGAUGAACUGUCGGAGUGUCCGCAUGUGGAGGCUCAAUCAAAAUAAGGACUCGGAUUCAUAUUCACUGUAAUCGGUUUAAGGGUUCUAGAAGCAUUACAUGGGAAGUGUUUAGAAACUUCUGUAUUUGCUAACAUUACCUAAUUAAAACGGCAUUUAAAUGGACAGAGUUUGAAAAAUGUCAGAAGUUGGAAACAACAGCAACACCACCGGCCAUUUGCCACAGGACUACAGAUCUGCUCUUUUGGUCAUAUAUUCAUUCAUAUUGCUGGGUGGGACUCUUAAUGUUGUCCUUACGUCCUGUAUGCUACAGUCCCAAAGACGCCUCUCUUUCACCAACGUGUCAGUGAUCAACCUUAUAACCGUGCACUCUUUAUUCCUUUUCACGGUGCCGUUUCGUAUUUUCUACUAUGCUUCUGAUACCUGGACCCUGGGGCAACCUUUCUGCAAAAUCGUCAGUGUUAUGAUCCAUGCUCAUAUGUACCUUGCAUUUAUCUUUUAUGUCUUCCUUCUUAUUGUGCGUUAUGUGGAGAACUUUAGUCAGCAGCACACGCUAAAUUUCCAUCGCGUUCUUCACGCCACAGUCGCGAGCGCAGUUGUCUGGCUUGUCAUUUUUGCCAUUAUGUUGCCCUCAACUAUGGUUAAGUAUGGUCUAAAAUCAUACACCAACGAUUCAACUCAGUGUUUUAAUUUUGGUGAGGCUCUUAAAGAUCCUGCUGUGAAGAUCUUAAACUAUCUUAUCUGCACAACAGUUUUACUGGUCUGGACUGUGCUGUUGUUUUUUCAGAUUUAUUUUCUGCUCUAUGUGGGUAAGAAAUAUGGCACACGUGACCGACAAGAGUUCUGGGUACAAGUUAAAAAUGCUGUUUUUCUGAUGGUAAUGUUCUUUUGUUUCGUGCCCUACCAAGUUUUUAGGAUCUAUUAUGUUAGUAAUGACAUUAGUUCUGAGUCUAAACUUCAGGAUAAAAAUGAAAUAUUUCUUGCCUUCACUGCUUUCAGCUGCUUUGAUAUGAUUGUUUUCGCUGGAAGGGAUUUGUAUAAAUAUAUGAUGUCAAGGGGAUACAUGUGUUGAAUGUCUACUUUGACGUGUACAUUUCUAUAUUGGUGUAAUAUGAUUUUUUUUUUUGGGGGGGCGCAAACAAACUCAAAAUCAAACUUUUACUGUAGUAAAUAAUGCAGGACUGUUAAUUGGCAUUUAUCGAGUGAUGAUGCAUCAGUAGUACUGCUUAGCUAAAAUGCUGAAAAUGUUGCUGUUAAAGUCAACUACAGCAUGAAAUAAAUGUACUAUGAAUCUGUGAAUUUGAGUAUAAUGUGGGUUUAUUGAACUAAUCAAGGUAAUCAUUCACACACACAUGCACACACACACACACAUUUUUUUUGAAGAACAGCGUUGUAAAAAUUCUAUCAUUGUCAAUUAUUAUCCGUCAUUUCAUGUUUUCAUGAUCUGUUUUUGUUCACAUGUUCAUUUCUAAUCAUGAACUUACAAGGCGAGCAUACAAGGUACAAUGGGUUUAUUUAUUUGUGAAGAAGAGAACAGAUUAACAGAGACCAAUUACUUUGUGCUGAAGAGGCAAAUAUGAACAAAUCAAAUCACAAAAUACUAUUGCAAAUUAAAAUAUCAACAAACGUGUAAAAAUCUGAAUUAAACCUAACACAUGACACUGUGUAUCUGAAACCAUCUUGUGUAAUAAACGCAUUAAAGCAGAUUGCAGACUCUAUUGUCAUUAGAUUUUGUGUCUUUACCUUAGACAGACGAUGUCUUGUUGCUGUUUUACUUUUGUUCUGGAGAAUGAUUUUGCACUAUUCCAUUACAAAGUGGAGUUUAAUUUCAGCAGCGCUGCGCAGACCUAUCACUGUAUGACAUCAAAGUAUCCUGGAGAGUUAAAGGA